AUGGUAGACAACGAGAAAUUAGAAGUUCGUGAAUCAACGCGCAUUGAGCGCAUUGGAGCUCAUUCACAUAUUCGCGGUUUAGGAUUGGACGAUGUGCUUGAAGCUCGUCUUGUAUCUCAAGGAAUGGUUGGUCAGAAAGACGCCCGUCGUGCUGCAGGAAUCGUAGUACAAAUGGUUCGAGAAGGAAAAAUCGCUGGUCGUUGCAUUUUGCUUGCUGGUGAACCAAGCACUGGUAAAACUGCAAUCGCUGUUGGAAUGGCCCAAGCUUUAGGCACGGAAACUCCUUUCACAAGCAUGUCUGGAUCUGAAAUCUACUCACUUGAAAUGAGCAAAACAGAAGCACUUGCUCAAGCUCUUCGUAAAAGUAUUGGAGUGAGAAUCAAAGAAGAAACCGAAAUAAUUGAAGGCGAAGUUGUUGAGAUUCAAAUCGAUCGUCCUGCGACUGGAACUGGACAAAAAAUCGGGAAAGUCACAUUGAAAACCACUGAAAUGGAAACCAAUUACGAUUUAGGCAACAAGAUUAUUGAAUGCUUCAUGAAAGAAAAAAUUCAAGCUGGCGACAUCAUCACAAUCGAUAAAGCUUCAGGAAAAGUAAGCAAAUUGGGUCGUAGCUUCACCAGAUCACGAGAUUACGAUGCAACAGGAGCUCAAACAAGAUUCGUUCAAUGUCCCGAAGGUGAAUUACAGAAACGUAAAGAAGUUGUCCACACAGUAACUCUCCAUGAAAUCGACGUCAUUAACAGCCGCACACACGGAUUUCUGGCACUUUUCUCUGGUGACACUGGCGAAAUUAAACAAGAAGUUCGAGAUCAAAUCAACAGUAAAGUAUCAGAAUGGCGUGAAGAAGGCAAAGCUGAGAUUAAUCCUGGAGUAUUAUUUAUUGAUGAAGCUCAUAUGUUGGAUAUUGAAUGCUUUUCAUACUUAAAUCGGGCUCUUGAACAAGACAUGGCUCCAGUUGUAAUCAUGGCAACAAAUCGUGGCAUUACAAAGAUUCGCGGCACAAACUACCAAAGUCCCCAUGGAAUUCCAAUAGAUUUGUUGGAUCGAAUGAUUAUUAUUCGAACUGUUCCAUACUCGCCAGAGGAAAUGAAAGAAAUUUUGAAGAUUCGCUGUGAAGAAGAAGAUUGUCAAAUGCAACCAGAAGCGAUGAUUGUUCUUUCAAGACUUGCAACACAGACCAGCUUACGUUAUGCCAUUCAAUUAAUUACAACAGCAAAUCUCGUAAGUCGUCGUCGAAAAUCUCCCGAAAUUCAAGUCGAAGAUGUGAAGAAAGUUUACAACUUGUUCUUAGAUGAAGAACGUUCAAGUCGAUUCCUUAAAGAACAUCAAGACGAAUACAUGUUCAGUGAAAUUGAAAGUGGAGCUGCUAUGGAAAUUAAUUAA